CAAAGUGUACAUGUACAUGUACUGUACACAACAGCUUUACAUAUUGUACAAUGUGCAUGUGCUGUGCGUGCGGCAAUGGAAGUCUGCACACUCGGACGUGAUGAGAGUUCAGUUUUGCUGGGGAAUUUGUGAGAGAAUAUAAACACCGUUCAACUGGAAAUUGAGUUGCAGACAGUUUUGUCAUAACACGACCGGGGACCGCUCAAACUCAGCUCUAGAAACAAACUUGAACAGCGGUAGGAGAAAAGCCCCUAAUUACUGACAAUAAAGUUCACAUCACUGGGUUCCUCCAAGCGUGUCAGUUUCCAAGGGCGCAAUUUCGUUUGCAAGAAGCUCCCACACACGGUUUGGACAUCGAGUAUGGCCACGGCGGCUGUGGAGAUGAUGCAGGAUGACGACCCAACGGCGGUAUUUGGAGGCGAGGGACUGCUCACGGAGUUCUUGGUCAAGAAUGAACCCGACUUUUUCGCAGCACCCAACACGAUGGAGAAUUGGCAAGAGGGUGAGCUUGACAGGUAUCUCCAAAGACCAGAGACAGCAAGUCCAGGCACAAUCCUUGCCAACAAACUGAGGCGAGAAAGUGCAUCCCUCAUGGAUGAUUUCUUUGAUGAGAGUGACUCCAAAUUCUCCUUCAACAUCAGUGGAAACCUCAACGUGGUCUUCCCCCAGACGCACCACUACCAGUGUGCCAAGUCUGAGUCCUAUUCACACGACCUGCCUGCAUGCAGUAUAAAUGGUAACACCAACCCCUGCAUCAUGGGUCAACAGGACAGUUUGGGCCACAAUAUGCCACCCUCACCCAUGGAGGACAUGAACAAUAACUUUCCCAUCACCAUUAACGGGGUCUCCAUCAAGACCGAACCGCAGGACUCUUACCCAUCCCACUGCAAACUCAUGUCGCCCAACAUGCACAUCAAGUCUGAACCGAUGCCAAACCAUCAGCAGUACACACCCACCACCAUGACACCUGACUGCAUGCCAGGGUUUCCUACAGGCAUGGACUUCCAUCAAACAGUGGCCCCACAGACCCAGUUCAACCAUCAGCCUUUUACAAACUCUGUCUUUGGAAUGCCCCCCACGCCACCCCAUUCCCAGCCUGGGUCACCAGCUGAUCUACCCCUUGAAUUUACCAGUCACCCAUUGCGGCCACCUCCCCCACCGUACACCAUUGCAGUCAUGAACAAACAGGACAAUAAACCAACCACAGUCCUAAAGUACAACAGAAAGAAUAACCCGGAACUCGAAAAGAGAAGAAUUCAUCAUUGCAACUAUCCAGGAUGCAUUAAAGUUUACACCAAGUCUUCCCAUCUGAAGGCCCAUCAGCGCAUCCACACCGGUGAGAAACCUUACUUCUGCUCUUGGAAUGGCUGCCAGUGGCGAUUUGCCCGUUCUGAUGAGCUGACGCGCCACUACCGCAAGCACACCGGAGCUAAGCCUUUCAAGUGUAAGAUCUGUGAGCGCUGCUUUUCUCGUUCUGACCACCUCUCAUUGCACAUGAAGCGCCACCAGGAAAAAUGCAACAGCAAGGCCCAGGCUGCAUCAAAUUAGACAACUGUCCUCAUCGUUAAUUGCAGAAAUCCUGUGAUUUAGAUGUUUUCAGUAUUUUGCAGUUAAUAAAACCGUCUGAAAAAAACAGAGUUGUUCAAAAACUUUGGGGUCAUGGGCAUUUGAUCAAGUUGCAUCAAAAGAUGUUGCUUUUAAAAAUCGGCACACAGAAUUUUUCACUAAGAUAUGAUCAGAGCCUGGUCACUGAUAACUUGAUAGCUGGUUAUUUUUGUUAUGAGACUCAAUAUUUGAAAAACUUGAAAAUUAUUUGCCACUGUCUCUAGCGGUUUGUUUGAGCAACUAAGUAUCAAAAUUGGAACCUUUCUCAGUGACUAAAGCUAAAUGUGCAAAUGGAGCAACAUUAAGUCACAGCAAGGCAUAAUACUGCAUUUUGGUAGAGGAAUACUGUAAAGUUAUGUAAAAUUGUAAAUAAAUUGUACAAACCUAUAAAGCAACUCAUAAAUUCACAGGAUGACAACAUGUAAUAUUACUGAUUUGUUAUCUCUGGGCACUUCUUUUUCAAACAUUCCACUGUUUGAUCAAAAUAGACAUAGGAAGCUAAAAACGAAAAUGCAUUUUCCAUUGAUCUAUAGCCAUUUUAAUUUUUUCCCACUUGAUUUAUUCUUCUUUUUAUUGAGAAGGCAUGGAUUACACUGAUAUUAUAAUAAGGUAAAGGGUAAUACUCAACUUCGUACACGAACUCUACUAACUAUAAAUACAAAGACAAAGUCUACCGGUAAUCAUAAUGACUUCCUGAGAUAAGGAGAUAUGACAGAUUUUAUUGCUAAUCACUGAACACCCAAUGCAUCCUAACAACAUGUAUUCUCUUGAUGGACUUCAGCCAGCUGGGAUAAAAAGUGCUGCUUCUGUCAAAAGGAAGGUUUUUGUCAAUCAAACCAUAGUACAAUAACCUUUAACCAGUAAAACAACCUCUUGUCUUCACAAUGGUUUCAAUUCUGUGGGAUUACAACUGGCAGUUUUAUUUGCCUACUGAUACUCCAGAGGUCCCAAUAUUAGGCAACAUUGUAUACUUGCAUGACGAUACAAAAAUGGUCAAUGGGAAACAAUGCUUAUGGUACCAUUACAUGUACAAAUUUAAUGCUUUAUGGAAAUAAACCCUUGUAGUGAUGUCAGUACAGUGUAGAACAAAUUGGAGCAGUUCGAGUGCCAGAGAAGAUGACACUAUGGUCUUCACUUUAGUACGAACUCUUGCUAGACAAUAACUGAAGGUUUGCUAUGAAGAAUUACCUGUGCCCGAGCUCAAACGUCUCUCGACUUUCUGGGGACUGGGCACUUGACUCCUAUGUGUUGCCAUGGGAAAAUCAGACUCUAAUCUUCCUGUAAAUGCAGUACUGCUGUGCAAUUCUAUAAAUAUUUAUAAUGACCUCUGCUCUUAGUCACUGGAGUAGCAACUGAAAACAAACAUGUAUGCCUCCGGCAGCGACCUGAUGAAGGUUACUUCCGAUUCAUACUUGUGCUUAAUUGUAUCAAUAAUCUUUCAGGCUCUUUUUUAGUGUUUGUGAUUCAGUCUUUAAAAUGACAAAUGAUAUCGGUGAUAUCAUGUAUUAAUUUUGAUGUAACUUCAUAGUCUUUCUUGAAAUUGUACACUGUUUCUAGGAAUUUAUGAACACUGACAAAGGUAUUGUCUUUCUGUAAACAUGCCUCAUUUUCAGAAGUAAGCUUGCAUUUUUCCAUGCUCUUUCAAAACAGUCUUCCACUUCAAAUGAAAGGAUCCUUUCCUGUCUUUUAGGCUCAUUUUCACAAUAUGAAAUUACAAGUGGGCUGCAUCACACCAUCAAUCACACUAUGCUUUUGACUUAAGUUGGCACUAUUAGAAUAAUUCUAUUUGAUGAGAAUAAAGUCAUAAUAUUAAGCUUUCAAUUAUACUUGGGAAAGAUCAACAUGCUGGCAAACCUAAUGAAAUGAAAUACCUGCUGGAAUACUUUUCGGUAAUCUAGAUGCAAGACGGCCCUUACUAAAGGAUAAUCUGGUAUAGGUAGAAACAAUUAAGUCUUAGGAAAUGUACAAAUAAUAUCAGUGUAUUUUACUUACAAUUUCAAAAGUCCCAGUUUGUUUUGGAAAAGCGAAUGCACUUUCUAGAGCCAGUUGGCUGUAUUAGGAUUUAAAUCCCAUGCAGAUGCUGAUUCUCAGCAAAUGCUCUUAGACCACGGCUAUUAUUUAUAUGUGAUCUCUUGUGAAUGUACAUUUUCACUGUAUAUUUUUGUAAAUGUAAUAUGCCUCCUUAACUGUCUUUGCAUACUUUUUUAACUAACGGACCAGCUUCCAUGUUUUUAUGGGAUGUGUAAAUUGUAAAGGAUUAAUUUAAUGUAAAUACAUAUAUUUUUACCAUCAUUUGAAGUACUUACUUGUAUGAAACUCUACUUUUUCACUUUUGAAAAGCAAAUCUCACUGUAUAAUUUUUUACCGACGAUGAAACCCGCCAAAAUUUGUACAAUAAAGUUGAGGAUACUCAAACAGUGAAAGAAA